AAUAAAGGACUUCAAAUUUAUGGAACAUGGAGUACAGAGAAAUUAUUAAAAUUAUUAACAAACAGACUUAAGCAAUGUAUCAAUAUGCAAUCAAAUGAAUUAAAACCAAUUUCUAGUGGUAUAAAUGAUACACGAUUAUGGAUUGCUAUUCAUAGUGGCUUAUAUAGUAAUUCUGUUCUAAAAGAAUUAAUACAAAAAGGAAUGUCUAUAUAUAAUAUCAUAAAAGCAAUGAAACUUGGACUUAUAAGUCUUAGUUAUUGUGAACUUUUCUAUUUUAAAAAAUUCAAUAUAGAACCAUAUAAUUUAGAAUUUAAAGAAUCUUGGAAUAAAUUUAGUGAUGAAUUAAUUUUAAAUUUAGUAUGUACAGGAUUGAGUGAAAUGAAUUGUUGGAAUAUUAUUAUAUAUGGAAUAAUGCUUCAAAGUCCAAAUAUUCUUCGUCAUUUAAUUUUAAGUGGUAUUGAUGUUCCUGGUAUUUUAAACUGGCAAUCUCCUAUUAAUUUUGCAUCAUCUAAAAUAAUUUUAUUCUUAAAACAUAUUGGAAUAAAUGAAAAUGUUAUAAAAUUGGUAGAAAAAUAUGGAAUUGAUGAAGAAACUGAACAAAUGUUAAUUGAUUUAGGACUUAAUGAAAUGGGAGAAAAAUUGUCAGAAUUGGAGGAACUAAUAUGUGAAUGCAGUUUAACUAUAUUGGAAUCAAACAGUUGUUCAGAAAUAAUAGAAAAUAUUGAAACAAAUAAUUCAGAAAGCAUUUUUAGUUCUACUAGUAUACCAGAUUGCUAUACUAUACCAGAUUUUUUUCAGCAAUGUAUUUGUCAAUGUCAUUUAUUAUCAAAAAAUAAUGCAAUGUUUCAAUCGAUUAUACGAAAUGACUAUUUAAGACAAAAUGUCAUGGUACCAUUAUCAUGGGCAAUGGCUACAUCUUUAGAAUACAAACCAUCAAAUCCAAUACAUUUCAUGGUAUAUCAAUUAUUAAAAUGGACUUAUAAUAAUAUUUCUGAAAUAAAAAAGGACAAUGUUCAACAAUUAAUUGCGUUAUCCACUAUAAAAAUGGAUCAUAAACUUAUCGUAAAAAAACAUCUAAAAAAAAAAUUAAUUGAAAAUGAAAAAACUAUAGAUAAUAUUCCUUGUGAUUUUUGUGAAGAUUAUCAAAAAUUGUAUCGAAUUAAAAAACAAUAUUGGAAAUGUGUAAAAUCAUUAAAA